GGGCAAAACGUUGCCUUUGCCACGAGACCUUCUCUGCACACGCCUCUCUGCACUCGACUUGCUCCUCUCCUCUAUACACAACAAGCAUCAUGCGUCCCGUCCCCAUCCCCGGCCCCGUCCCUGGCCCCGCCCCAGGCUCUCGCUACAACCGCCGCCGUCCGCAGCCGAAAGUGACCAUCCACAAGGGUGUGCGGUGCGAUAUGUGCGGAGCGACGCCCGUCCGCGGCAUUCGCUACAAGUGCUCCGUCUGCGAUGACUUUGACAUGUGCAUGGCUUGCGACGAGAUGUACUACGCCUCGCAUUUUAACGGUGCCCAUCCCAUGCUCAAAAUCCGCUUCCCGGCUGGCUCGCCGGGUUUGGUUGCCGACCCGUCACCAGUUCCCAUCCCCGGCCCGGUCCCCGGCCCGGUCCCCGGCCCCGUCCUCCCCGGUCCGAUCCACCCUAGCCUGCCCACGCCCGAGUGGAAGUGCAGUGCGUGUACGUUCAUGAACAACCUCGCCGACUCGGCGUGCGCCAUGUGCGGAUCUGCUGCCCCGUCGCGCCCGCCGCCGCCGGUUGUUGGCGGCGGCGGCCGCCCGGGCAUCGGCCAGCCUAUGCCCCACGAUGCCGUGGCCUACUCGGGCUCGGUCCGGCGCCCGCCAGUGUCCAAGAAGGGCGCUGUCAAGAAGGCCCCACAGGCCCGCAAGCGCGCCCUCGCCCGCGCCUCAGCCGGCGCGACCAGCUCGUGGAACUGCGCGCACUGCUCGUUCGCCAACUCGGGCGGCGACGUGUGCGCCGUGUGCUUUACCGACCGCACUGCUGCCGUCGCCAAGGUCAACGACUUUUCCGACAACGCGUACUGCGUCGAUUGCGUCGCCGCCCUGCACAAGGCGCCAUCCGACGCCAUCGUGCCGGCCGACGCCACAAAGUGCGCCAAGUGCCCGACCUCGUACGGCCGCAACCAGCUCGGCCGCUUUAACGCCACCUGCGAUACCUGCGCUGAGGCCUCGGGCGAAUGCGCCAUGUGCGCCGGGCCUAUCGUCCAUGAGCUUCCCGAGCCCAUGCCGGACUUUGCCGUUGCCUCAGCCUCGUAAAGACCUUUGACUUCCC